UCCUAUUCGUGAACGUGAAAAAAUUCUUUCUCCGUGCCCAUUCUGUGUUAACAAGGAUUUACCUACAGAAAAUACGUGUUGCAAGACAAUUUACUGCAGGAAAGAAGUAGUAUUUGUCGAAGCUUAGUCCAUCCGAUUGAUUUCCACUAGUGGAGCGUGCUAAUUCAGCAGCGUACCGUUUAAUUCGUUCUGCAAGCAGUGUGAAUCGAGAAGGAAGUCAGUGAAAUAAGAAGUUUCCAAAAAUGGUUUUACGUGGUGUGCGGGGUGGUUACCACUCGCGGGGAGGAGGCUCACGAGGAGCUGGACGCAGCACGUACCACGGCGGAAGUGGAUACCAUGGUUCGAACCAUCAUAACAGCAGCAGCUAUGACAACCGGAACGAUAACCGAAACAGUCGGUACAGCAGCAGUGGCGGAGGUGGCGGUGGCGGUGGCGGUGGCGGUGGAUACGAUUCCCGGAACUCGUCCCGGUACGAAUCAGAUUCAAGGUACUCUCGGCACGAUAGUCGCAACGAUAACUACAAACGUUCGAACUCCUCCAAGUACGAGGAUAAUCGCGACCGUCGUUCCCCGGAUCGGAAGCGUCCUCGCAGCGAUCACAACACUCAGCAGGGAGGAAGCUCGCGGCGCGAUUAUGGUAGCAGCGGAAGCGGUGCUGUUGGUGGACGUGGCGGUGGAUCGUCUAGCCGGUACCACGAGGGAGGCAGUUCCAGUUCGUCGUACGACAAGCGUGGCAGCAACAACGAGCACCACUCGUCGUCGUCCGGUGCUGCCGACAGUUCGAACCGUAGCAAGUUCGAUCAUCAUCGCAGCAGCAGCAGUGCCAGCCGCAGCCAUGGUGGUGGUGGCGGUGGCAGUGGCGGCGGUGGCGGUGAUUCCGGCAGUUCUUACAGGUCACGGGACAACAGCUCUACCAGCAUGGGACCGCCACGUUCGGUGGCGAUGCGGAGCAGCCAUAGCAGCAGCAGCGGCGGUCGUUCGAUGAUGCGCCCUCCGAUGGGAGGCGGCCAUCGAUCACACAUUGGCGGUAGCUCACUCAUGGGCGGUGGUGGAAUGCAUCGCCGGGGAGGUGGUAUGAUGCGGGGACGGAUUUCGCACUACCGCUCCGAUGGCCGGCGGGGCAUGUUGACGUCACGCAUCAUGGGUGGGCACCACCGACGGACGGAUAUGCGCCCGAUACCGAUGCACAACCGACGCUUCCCAUCGAUAAGGGGCCGUGGUGACAUGCGAAGCCGUAUUAUGGGUGGCAGCGAUGUGAUGUCCAAACGGACGUUAGAUAUGAGGAUUUCGAAGAAAAUUCUCUACAAGCGUGCGCUUCAGUUCGCAAAAGACGGAUGCGAUGAGUCACCGUUCGAAAACGAUGACGAUGAUGAGGAAGAGGACGAUGGUGGUGAUGUCGAAGCGGCACCCUCACGAUCAAAAAAGGCCAAGAAAACCGACGUUGCAGAAGACGAUGAGGAAGAAGAAGUGGACAUUAAGGAGGAAAAAAGUGAACUGUGGGACGACGACGACGACGACGAUGCUGCAGAUACAAAAUCCAAAUCGUCCGCACGUAACGAAGAGGAGGACCAUGACGAAAAUGAUCCCAACAAUACUGCAACUACGAUCGGUGAGGAAGGUGAAGGGAAAGAUGGUGUAAAAGUACAAACACCAGUAAAGAAAACCGUUAAGAAAGAAGACGGUAAGGAGGAGGGAGACCGUAAGGCUUCGGACGAGGGAUCGGAAAAAAAGCGAUCGACUAAGAUCAACACGAAGUACCGGUCGUCCAACUUCAUCAAGCUCACGUGUGUGCACUGCAAGAUAAAGUGUGUAACGUUCAAGGAGUACCAAACCCAUCUUUAUGCACGUACCCACAAAAUGAAAAUGCGCACGUUGGCUGUUAAGUGUCGGGAGCGUUUGCUGGAAAUGCGUGCUGCGCAGCGGAAUGCCCAAAAGGACGAGGAUGAAAAAUCAGACGACGGAACGGGUGGGGAGGAAAGUAAGCGUCCCGGGUUCUGUAUGCUGUGUCGCCUGAACUACCGGCAACAGCGCGCCAUUCACCAGCAGUCCGAAGGGCACAAGAUGAUGAAGAAAUUCCUGAUGCCGUACUGCAACAUAUGUAACCUUGGCUUCAAGAGCCCGAUGGCGUUCGAAACGCACCGAGCAUCUUUGGAUCAUUUGAAAAUUAAGGCACGCGUCGAGCGGUACGCUUCGUCCACGAAGGGCGAAGAGUCGGGCGAAGAGCUUCCGGCCGAUACGGGCGAUAUCGACCUGGACAGCUUGACCAUUGUUGAUGAGGUUGGCAAGGUGGAUGAAAUUUGCGAACCGGGUGCAGGUGCGGAAUCGACACCCACAAGAAAGCGCGGCUUCGGUGAUGCUGGUGGUGGUGGUGGUGGUCGGGCCGGAACGGAGGAUGACGAUGACGAGGACGAUGACGAUUUGGAUGAGGACGAUGAAAAUCAAAUGAUCAUCGGCGAGGAGUACGUGAAGAUUGUACAGGUGCAAUACUGUGAGCUGUGCAAUAUGUACUUGCCACGGCGUGCAGUGAACCAGGAACGCGUACUGCGCGAGCACUGCAAGAAGCGACCUCAUCUGAAGCUGUAUAUACGCUUCCGGAAGGAUAAGAAGCUGCGCGAACAGGCGGAGCGUAUCCACAAGAAGAAACUGAAGGGUGACAAGGAGUCAGCUACAGGUACGAAGGGUGAUGAAAAGAAAUUGAACGAUUCGACUGGAACCACUGAAUCAAAACCAUCUACUGACAACACUAGCGCAGCCAGUACCAACCCGACCGAGUCUGCAUCGAUUAAAACCGAAAGCGAUAUCAAACUGGACAAGAAUAGUUCCGCCGGAAGCGAUGCUGCCUCCAAUGCAACUAAAACAAAUGCUUCCAACACCGGUAAUACGAAUACGGUAGCGCAGGAUGGGGCCAGUGUUGAUUCAAGUGAAGCAAAUCUAUCGUUCGAUGGAAGCAAUAAUUUAACCGCGCUCGGUGGUGCCGGUACGCUGACAGACGAACAGGUCGAUAAACUGAUGUGGCAGGUGGUGGACAAUGAUGAUUUGGGUGAUCUUUUGCGUGACGUGCAGGAUGACGUCGAGGAGGAAGAUGACGAUAAAACGAACCUGGAGCGUUACGAUAAGUUCCGGCACACAGAAAAGAACGGCCUGGAGCAGCGAUCUGAAACGGCCGGUGAAGGUGCCGAGGAAGAGGAGGACAUCGCUUCCAGCAAAUCACAGAGCGGUGCGGGUAAAAAGGGGACGACUGCAAACGGUGGUGCCGAUGUGGCAGCAAACGGUGAAGCCGGCAAAGAUUUGAAACCGGUUGUAGGUUAGAUGGAUGAAUGGAUUAUACUUGCAGCAUAAGGAGCAACUAUCUGCAACGAAUGAGCCAAAUCGGUCGUUUACUAAUUUGUGCUCGGCAGACUUAUUACAAUAGGAAUGCACAGGGUGCGUGUUAUGUUUAGGGUAGCAGUAUGAGUGUACCUUAGAGGGAAACAUUUUGCAGAAUUAACACACGACUAGAAUGUUACGAUUACGAGCAGUAAUUGUUUGACGGCAAGUAAUUUAAUUUGCUACCAGUGUCGGCGGUGUAGUUGGGUGUGAUCCAUGUUUCCACGAAUUCUUCCUUGAAUAUCAUUACCGUGUUUAAGAAUGGCGGUCCUCACAGUUUCAUGGUAAACUUUCCUGCUAAGUACACCACAAGAAGAGUCACCGCUAUACUACACGAUAUUUUAUGCUGUAGUACGGAGAUUUACGUUUGCGUUCGUUCGUAUGAAUCAGUUGACUUCUCCAGUAAUUACACUGAAGAAACCAAUGAAAGAGGAAUAGUGUGAGAUUUUAUUUAAUUACUGACACGAGACAAAAAUAUUCUUUGUGGUAAAACUAAUCGCAAAAUCUUACAUAAAUAACAAAACUAGA